GAGGGCAGCAGCGGAGGGAGAGGACAGAGGAAGAGAAAAAACCUUCAUUAAUCAGGCAGGAGAUGGGAGGGUGGUUUGUGUCCGCGCCGUGAGCCGCGCUGCUGGACAUCUGACCGCGCGUUUGCGUCCUUUACGCAGGAAAACGCGCGAGGAGAGCGCCCAGACCUGUGCACGAGGCGUCACUUCUUCGUGUCCAGACCUCACGGGGAUGUCAUAUGGACCGUAACAGCAGCAGCGGGCACCAGAAAAAAACCCCGGAGAUCGUUUCACUGCAGAGAUCCGCUGUCCCGUCGUGCGUGCGGAGCCAUGACAAGUCGCUAACGGCGGAGCUAUAGAUUCCGCCUGGACUAAUCCCGUCUACGGAGCAGAGGGCCGUGGCACCAAUUCACACCUCCCAAACUCCGGAGUGACAAACCGCCGCCGAAAACCACAUUAUAAUCGAACGUUUUUUGAUGAAACUCCAACGACAUGGACAGUCCUGACUUCCCAAACCUUCUCCUUAUUUCACCCAUCGAUCCGAGGAUAACGUCGGUCCCCUCGGCGCCGCUCGUGGGCUGACUCGUGGCUCCUGAAGUCUCCGAGAUCCGACUGUGGCUCCAAAGCAUCAUGGGAGAUCGGGGCUGGGUGUGCCUGAGCCCAGCUGAGUUCAGCCAGCUGCAGCAGUACAGCGAGUACUCGACAAAGAAGCUUAAAGAUGUCCUGGAUGAGUUUCACGGAGACGGCGUCCUCUCUAAAUACAACCCAGAGCAAAAGCAAGAUGUUCUGAACCAACCCAUCGACUAUGAAGGCUUUCAGCUCUUCAUGGCCACGUACCUGGAGAACGACCUCCCGGAGGAGCUGUGUCAGCACCUGUUCACCUCCUUCAAGAGUAAGUCUGGAGGCUGCUCCCCCGAACAGUCCAGAGCCGGGACCAGUCUCCUCGGCAUGAACGGUAAGAGCAUCCUGUGCGCCAUGGGACGCCACACUCCUGAGCACAGCGUCAUGAGCACGGCCGGUUCAGGGGCCACCACCUCCCCCUGCUCCUCCCGCUCCUCCUCACAGCGGUCAGGGGCGGGGGGGCAGACGCCGGGGGGUCAGACGCCCGGGAUCCAGACGCCCGGGAUCCAGACGCCCGAGGGACAACACCGGUCGCCCUGCGCUAAAGUCAAAUCCAACGAGGGCAACAAUAACAACGCCCUGACGCCCAACACCGCCCCCUCCAGGUCACCCGUGUCCCCCAAACUCUCCCCAGAGCGGAGUCACUCAGAGAAACACCUGUCGCUGCGGAGGAGCCCGUCGCCGCAGAAGCUCCUCCCCCUGCCCUCCCCUCAGGUCGUCUUUCUCAAGGACAUUGUGUGUUACCUGUCGCUGCUGGAGAGAGGGACCCCCGAGGACAAACUGGAGUUCAUGUUCCGGCUCUACGACACGGACGGAAACGGGGUCCUGGACAGCUCUGAGUUGGAUCGCAUCAUAAAUCAGAUGGUCCACGUGGCGGAGUAUCUGGAGUGGGACUCAACAGAACUGAGGCCGAUUUUGAAGGAGAUGAUGGAGGAGAUCGACUUUGACCGGGACGGCACCGUCACACUGGAGGAGUGGAUCCGAGGAGGCCUCACCACCAUCCCUUUACUGGUCCUUCUGGGCAUGGACACGAAUGUACAAGAGGACGGGCAGCACGUGUGGCGUCUGAAACACUUUAAUAAACCCGCGUACUGUAACUACUGCCACACGAUGCUGCUGGGCGUGAGGAAGCAGGGCCUGUGCUGCUCCCUAUGCAAAUACACAGUACACGAACGCUGUGUGUCCAAAGACAUCGCCGCCUGCAUCAGCACCUACGCCAAGUCACGCCGGCACACAAACGCUAUGCAGCACGUGUGGAUGGAGGGGAAUUCUCCGACAAAGUGUGACCGCUGCCACAGAAGCAUCAAGUGUUACCAGGGUCUGACUGGACUCCACUGUGUCUGGUGUCAAAUCACUCUCCAUAAUAAAUGUGCAUCUAAUGUCAAGCCCGAAUGUGACGGCGGCGCUCUGAGGGACCACACGCUGCUGCCCUCGUACAUCUGCCCCGCCGUCCUGGAUCGUCACUCGGUGGUAAAGCGCGGUGAAGGAGACUCGCCGCCGAGCACCAGUCCCGAAGACGCCAAUCAGACGUUCAAGUUCAGCCCGGGUGAUGGACAGGCUCUGCAGAUCACCCCACUGCCAGGUACUCACCCGCUCCUCGUGAUGGUCAACCCGAAAAGCGGAGGAAGGCAAGGAGAGCGGGUCCUCAGAAAGUUCCGGUACUUACUGAACCCGAGGCAGGUCUACACUCUGGACCAGGGCGGGCCCAUGGUGGGACUGAACUUCUUUCAUGACGUCCCUGAUUUCCGAGUGUUGGCCUGCGGAGGCGAUGGGACUGUGGGCUGGAUCCUGGACUGCAUAGACAAGGCCAGCUUUGCGCGGCACCCCCCAGUGGCCAUCCUCCCUCUGGGCACAGGGAACGACUUGGCGCGGUGUUUACGCUGGGGAGGAGGUUACGAGGGUGGCAGUUUGGUGAAGUUCCUCCGGGACAUCGAGCACAGCACAGAGGUGGUGUUGGAUCGCUGGAACAUCGACAUUGUUCCAGACGAUAAGGAGGAGAAGGGCGACCCGGUGCCCUACAGCAUCGUCAACAACUACUUCUCUAUAGGAGUGGACGCCUCCAUCGCACAUCGUUUCCAUCUGAUGAGAGAGAAGCACCCGGAGAAGUUCAACAGCAGAAUGAAGAAUAAACUCUGGUACUUUGAGUUUGGCACCACUGAGACGAUAUCGGCGACGUGCAAGAAACUGAACGAAUGCAUCGAAGUGGAGUGUGACGGGAUCAUCUUGGACCUCAGCAACACGUCUUUAGAGGGCAUCGCGGUCCUCAACAUUCCCAGCAUGCACGGCGGCUCUAACCUGUGGGGCGAGUCGAAGAAGAGGAGGAACUACAACCGCAUGAGUAAGAAGGUCCCUGACAGGCUCCCGUCCAGCACGGUCACCGACGCCAAAGAACUCAAGUUUUGUGUUCAAGACCUCAGUGACACUCUGCUGGAGGUGGUGGGUUUGGAGGGGGCCAUAGAGAUGGGACAGAUCUACACCGGCCUGAAGAGCGCGGGACGCAGACUGGCCCAGUGCUCCAGUGUCACCAUCAGGACGUCCCGGCGUUUGCCGAUGCAGAUCGAUGGUGAGCCCUGGAUGCAGCCGCCGUGUACGCUUCGAAUCACACACAAGAACCAGGUCCCGAUGCUGCUGGGCCCGCCUCAGAAGACUCCAUUUUUCUUCUUCAAAAAGCGCAAUCGGAGUCGCGACUAAAACCACAACUGAAAAUGGGAACGUCGAACACAGGCAGCUCCGUGAGCGAGGGAACAAAACGCCGCGUGUGCAUCGAGACGACCGGAGAACGAAACGGCGCGUGUGCAUCGAGACGACCGGAGAACGAAACGGCGCGUGUGCAUCGAGACGACCGGAGAACGUAACGGCGCGUGUGCAUCCAGACGACCAUGACUUUGCUUUGCUCAAUCUGUUCUAUUUAUAAUUUGUUGUGAUAUUUUCUGGCAUGUUCAUCAUCACAUAUAAA